UUUUCGUUUAUUCUUUGAAACUUAUAAUCCUUCUUACAACUUCAAAAUCAGUCCUGGAAGAAACAUAAUAUUGCUGAACACGCGCGUUUAUAGAGAUGAUGAGAGACGAGAGUCGCUGUGACUUCUAUGAUCGGUUUCUACCCGCGCCUGCCGUGAACAAUUCGAGAGAUUUCAACGCGUUUCAAAUAAGACAAAUCUCAACAGAGGAACGUAGGACACCCCGGAACGUGUUCACCGUGGUUCUGUCAGCAUCGAUUAUAAGUAAUCUCAUAUUAACAGUCCUCGUCAUUUGUAUAACGUGUUUAACACGCAGCAGAUCUCUUGAUACAAAUCAAGCGACAGGAGAGGACUUUUCUACGGUUUCAAGAAGGGACACAGCCUUCAACAGGACGAAUAUAUGUCUGCCUUGUCGUCCACCGAAAACCAAACUAGGAAUUAUUCCUGAAACUUCCCUCUGUUGUUACCAUAGCAAUAAACAUGCUAUUCUUCUCAUCACAUUGAUGUUAGAUCAAAAGCAACACAAGACGAGCUCGUUGUACGGUCAAUAUGAAGUCACCCCAACACGUGGUAAAGUAUACGUUAUUUUUGUCUUCAUUCAGAAUUUGAACAAAAGUGAAAGAUUGUUCUGAUAUAUUCAGUGGCACACAACCUAGAGUCAGUUGUAUGGACGUAUAUAUAGUGCAUCAUUAUCAGCCAUUGUGAAUUAGCGUGUUUGGUUUAUACAAAAAUGUAUAUUGUAAAUUACAGCUUGGAAUGUGAAAUUUCAUCUUAUAUUUAAUAUCAUUGCUUCAUUAUAAUUCUCUGAUUACAAUGCACUAGCAAUAAUUCUGAUUCCAGUAAAUUGGCUUUCAUCAAAAUUGUACCAGAAUUAAUUACUUAGAUAUCAAAUUGACUAUUGUUAUUGUCUUACAUUUCUUUGUUCUCCAGAUAAAAGACCCAUUCAUUUCAAGUCUACUCUGAAAAGUGCCCCCACGUCAUCAAUUAUUCCGGCUACCGCGAAUAGAAUACAAAUAGCGACGACUGGACGGUACAAUAUAUUUGGAUCGAUGUGUUUUUCAGAAAAAGACUAUAGGGGAAAACCCGAAACCGUGGUUAUAAAAUUAGAAACGGUUUAUUCGGGUUCUAAAAAAAACAUACUUCAGAAAUCGGUAUCUGUUCACUGGGAUCCGAAUGCUUAUAUCUAUGUAAAUUUCAUGAACAAUAUUUGGCUUCAGAAAGGUACAGAUGUUCUUUUAUUUGUCAAUCAUCCAAAUGUAAUAUACAACAUACCGGGCUGUAAUUCAAUAGGCAUUUACAGGAGUACUUAAUGGUAUCAGUGUUUUAUCAUCCAUCAAAGUGUUCUAGCGUUAUCUUACACACACACGUUGAUCAUAUCCUGAUUCACUAGAAAAAAGUGAAAUCUGUUGGAAUGCUUUGAAUUUUUGGAAACAAGUGAAGAGUGACUGGAAUUUAGGUCAAACAUAUUACUUUUUUUAAAAAAACGUGCUGAAAUGUUGACAUGUAUAUAAGGAGUUUGAUAUGUGAUUUUGAACAGUAUCAAUGGAAUUAACAGACACAUAAGAAUCCUACGCAUCGAUAAAGCGCUAUCGACGAUACAAAUUAUUUAUUUUUGCCCCGGGAAAACAAAACCGAAACUACUAUUCCUGUAGGUUGUUGGGAAGCGCAUGAGCUGUCGAUAUUUCGUGCACUGAUGCCAAUAUAUGGCAUGUGCUGAUCACAGUCCAAUGACUGAGUAUAAAACUGAUUACAAUAGGUGAAAGGUACAGUUAUAUAAUUGAUGUUGCAUCGUGGGAUUGAAUAACUCAGAUGUUUAUCUAAAGAUUUAAUUGUACUUUCGGUUUCGAUCAAAAGGGGAAUUUUGAACGAAGUUUCUAAAAUCAAGCGAAGAACAUAUCAGCAGAGAAGAGAUAUGGACUUGAACACGGAAGAAUCAUCAAGUUGGCUUGAAAAAGAUUCAAAUCAAACUUUUAUCCUGAAAAAUGGACACACCACGUGUAAGAAAUCUCAGGUGAUUUGUUCGGUCGUAUCGUUAAUGAUUUCUACAAUCUUGAUAACAUUGAUUAUAACAUUCAAUGGAUAUGUGCAUCGGAAAGAGGAUAAACAGUCAGCACAUUCAAGUGCUUCUUACACAACUCUUCCAGGGGAUGUGAUCUGUAUACCAUGUGACAGGAACACGCAAACAUUUCCCGCCAAAUUCACUGUGGAUUCUUCCAAAUUAAAUUUGUGUUGUGAAAAUAAUGAUUCUUUGGUUUCAUUAAUCAAAUUGUUUCGGGGGCAAUUGGAAACAAACACAACCUCCCCAGAAAGAAAUACAUUACAGAGCGGAGAAUCUCCUUAUGCUGUACAAAAUGAAAACAGAAAUAUACAAGUGACAGUGAACGGGAGUAACAUAGCGGAAACGUCCAUUUCUAAAUUCAAUUUCACAGUUCCGGAAGUCGGACUAUACAGCGUGUACUUUCACUUAACUCUCAGAGUCCCCGAAACCUCUACAAGUUUUAAUCAAAUGGCACUGAACGUGUCUCUAGUGCACAUUAACAGCAACACUGGGAAUAUAAUUCUUUCCAAGAAACUCGCACUACAAGUGCCAUUACCGAGUGGCGGCUACGAAAACAUAAUGUUGUUUGAGAACAUCCGCCUCUCGACAGGAACGUAUCGUAUUCUAGUGUCUGAUACGACGUCUGUGUAUAAUUUCUAUGGUUGUAACGGUUUAACUAUACAUCGAAUUUAAUAAUAUGUAUAUAGGACAUUUAGAUGAUGAUAAAUAUUGAUAUUGUU